CCUGCUUCAUCACAUCUCUGUCACUGGUUUUCUCACACACAUUUGUUCCUUUUUCUUUAAUGCGUCACGUUCAUUAAAUUAAUGAGAUGAAAAUUAGAUGAGAAGGAAUAAAAAGUCCCAGACGGAACAGACUGCAGCACCCAGCAGCAAAGUGAGGACAGAUCCGGUUUAAGCGCUGAUGAUGGAGUAAUCCGUCCUCACCAAACUAGGGCUGCGGCGGCUGGAGGCCCGCGCGCCUCUGCCGAGCUUCAUUUAAUGAAUCUGAGAAGCCAAACACCGAGGGGUCAAGAGGAUCACUCCAUUUGACAGCUAGUGUGUGGCUCUUUUGCAUGUCGUGAAUCAGAAAGUCUGUGAGGUCAGGCGUUUUGUGUCUUGGACUCGAUUUGUUGAUGACUGUUUUGCUUUUAUUGCCUUUGACCGAAAAUCCACCCUGGAAGAAUUCAACAAAUUAAAUUGGUUUCUUUGGCUAGAUUUUUGUCGACGUUUUUGGACAGAAAUAUUUUUUGUUUUAACUGCUGAUGCCACUCAGAUAAAUCAUUCUAUUGUAAUUAUUGCUCAUCUAGUUUGUCCUUUAAAAGUUGGUCUGUGAUUAAUGCAUAAAAAUAAGUUUUAGAUUUAUUCUGUAAAGGUUUUCUCUGACAGCCUCAGUUAAAAUGUCUCAUGUUUUUGCUCAGCUUGUGAACCAGUUUAACUUGACCGUUAACUCUGUCACUACUUUAGUUCUAGACGGACACAAGCUAACCUCCAAACCAACCUGUUCCAGAUUGGUUCAGCUGGGACACGGCACGUCUUCUGCGUCCCAAUCAAAUGUCAGCAAAACGCUGUGACUUUACCUAAAAAUGCUUUAAAAUAAUUGAUGAGAGUCAGACUGCUUAAGGAAAACACAGCAAAAGGAUAAAUAAAUGAUUCUGCAGCCUGAAGUCAUUUUGAACUCAAAAUCUUUAAAAGUUCAGAAGAUUUCAGAAGUUUUGUUCACACUUGUCCAAUGGAAGUCAAAUUAGGUCAAAUCUCUAUUUCAACUAAGUGGGAAUUAGAUUGUGAUAGAUGAUCGUGUUGUACUGAGGAAGACUUGAAGUCAAAAACUCAUUAGAAAAAGAAGUUCUCUUUUUCACAAAGGUUGUUCCCUGGUGUGUCUGUUCACCUGAUUCUGACUGCGGAGCAGCAGGGGCAGGCUGUUACAUGGUGGUGGGAGCAUUAUGCUGUGGGGAUGCUUUACUUCAACACAUCACAAUUAUGAUCUGAAUGUUCACAAACUGAAGUGCUUGGUGUAAAUUAGCCUUUGGAUGGAGUCGUUUGACUCUUUUCCUUCAGCGCCUCCAUUCUGCGCUCCUGUGCGAACACACAUGCGGCACGUGUGCGCUUUUUUCACAUAGCAUGCGUGUCUGGCAGUUAGCGUCAGUUGACAAGUGCGCGCAGAUAGUUUUGGAGCGCUGGCGCCACCACAGCCCUUCUUUUGAAGUUAACAUUUGUUUGUCCUUUCACGGGACCUCUGCGGUGCAGAAGGUGUUUGUCUUUGAUAUUCAGUGCGCAUCUAUUUUCUUUGCGCCUUUCAAUAAAAGUCGCUUUAUCCACUGAGCAAACUGCAGCGACAGAGCCGGAGAGAGCGCGGCUCAGCCUGGGUAUCAGCGGCUCUCCAUCUCUUUACCGGGCCACUGGACCCGUCUCAUAAAAUGAGGCCAAACUGUGUUAUUUUCAUUUUUAUUUGGUCUUGGGCUGCUGCGCAGCGGCGGCUCGGGGCGCAGCUCGGUACACCGUGCGUCUCAUCUGACUUUACAUGCUUUUAUUUGGAAGAGGAAAAAUAAGCGCCAGCCCCGGCAUAAAUACACUGGCAGACAUAUCUCGUUUCUGCGAGCUCCGGUUGGUUGGGCACAUCCACAUGGACGCGCCUGUCAGAGAGAAUCGGGGCGGGGGCAAAGCGGUGACGUGGAGGUGUGGAGAGAGGCGCAGUUGGAUGGGCAGAGCACAGGCAACAGCUGAAAUGAGCAGAGAGCGCUGGAGUGUGUGUAAGCCUCUGGAUCUAAUAUCUCCUACCUGUCCUUGUCACUCUGAUAGUCAGCCAAGGUAGCCGCAGUUUUCCACCGAUGCUGUGAUAAAACUCAAUGGCCUGUUUUAAAGCGUUCUCCAGUUUAAACAGAACGAGGGCUUCAUCUCAGCAAGAGGAACUGUGCUGCUGUGCGCUUUUUGGACAGCUGAACACAUUCCGGAGUCGGACUUUCCGCUCAGCCUUCCUGUGCUAGAAGCUCGUGAGAUCUUUCACCGAUGAGCUCUAUGAGGGAUCCAUUAAAUAUAGACCACCACCUCACAGGGAAUAAACUCGCCUCCACGCACCACACGGCUCUGGCGAUGGCUUCCAGCCUGCAGCCGCUGCAGCGCUCCGUGGACUCUAAGCACCGGUUAGAGGUGCACACUGUGUCGGACACAUCGAGCCCGGAGUCUGUGGAAAAAGAAAAAAUACAAAAUAAAAACGACGAUUCCUCGGACGACCCGUCCAAGAAGAAGAGGCAGCGGCGGCAGAGGACUCACUUCACCAGCCAGCAGCUGCAGGAGCUGGAGGCCACCUUCCAGAGGAACCGCUACCCGGACAUGAGCACCAGGGAGGAGAUAGCCGUGUGGACCAACCUCACAGAGGCCAGAGUCAGGGUUUGGUUCAAGAACAGACGAGCCAAGUGGAGGAAACGGGAGAGAAACCAGCAAGCCGAGCUGUGUAAGAACGGCUUCGGCCCGCAGUUCAAUGGACUCAUGCAGCCGUACGACGACAUGUAUCCCAGCUACACGUACAACAACUGGGCCGCCAAGGGCCUCACGUCCGCCUCCUUAUCCACCAAAAGCUUCCCCUUCUUCAACUCCAUGAACGUCAACCCUUUAUCCUCUCAGACCAUGUUCUCGCCGCCCAACUCCAUCUCCUCCAUGACCUCCAGCAUGGUGCCAUCCGCGGUGACCGGCGUGCCGGGAUCCAGCCUGAACAGCCUCAAUAACUUGAACAACCUCAGUAACCCUUCCCUCAACUCUGGGGUGCCCACGCCGGCGUGCCCCUACGCGCCGCCGACCCCUCCCUACGUGUACAGAGACACUUGUAACUCCAGCCUGGCCAGCCUGAGACUGAAAGCCAAGCAGCACUCGAGUUUUGGAUACGCCGGGGUUCAGAAUCCAGCCACCAAUCUGAGCGCUUGCCAGUACGCGGUGGACAGGCCGGUCUAAUUGCUACCUGCACUGCAAAAAAUCGCCACCGAGCUGACAUGUUAGAGGACAAAGCAUUUUUAACCCCACAAAAGAUCAUUUUGAACUGUUUGAAGUGUUAAAGGGAAUUUACUGCUCGCCUGGUCACCAUCUCCCCCAAGACUCAACUUUUCCAUCAAAUUAUGAGAAAAAAUAUAAAUUAAUUCGCUCUUAUUGACUUUCAUUCAUUUUCACGCAGGGAAUCUGAUUUAGAGGGUUAUGUUUGUGACGGUGGUUAUUUUUUGCAGUGUGUGGAUAAUUAAUAGCAGCCGUCCACAGAAACAAGAGACUACUACAGCUACUUUUCUCUCUCUUUUUUUUUUUUUUCCUCGAAACAAGGGCACUAGAAGACUGAACCACUGAAACACUCAGCUCCUCCUCGGAGUCAAACUGAACCGGGAGUUUUUUAAGUUUCUUCCUCUCCGAUGAGCGAUGGCCUCAUUCACUGAGUUAAAAAAAAAAAUCAAAAUAAAGGCCUGUUUCACUUUUCACAGCUCGUCAUGAGGGCUUUUUCCCUGAUGGAUUCUGGACGUUAACUGUUGACAGAAAUGUUCGUGUAAAUAUAUUUGAAUGAUCAUCUCCUGUUUGUUGAAGCGGCUGCGCUCCAACUCUUCUCCAGGUUCCAACUUAUCGACGCAUGUGGAUAAAAAAAAAUGCAAAUCCUAAAAAAAGGAAUCAUGUUUUGCUUGCAAACAAAAAGGGAAUGUACAUACUAAAAACGCACCAGUUGUGUGUUUCGAACAUAUUAUAAAUUUAUUAUUAAUGUCUGUGUGAAUAUCGAUUUAGAAUAGCAAUUCUGGAUUUAAAAAAAUAAUAAUAAGCAUCCAAAAAUGUUCCUGCGACAAAUGAUUUGGUUUUUUGCUCUGUGUAUACUAUUUGGUACGGAAUUAUGUUGUUUUUUUUCCCCCAUCAAUCCCCGAAAUAUUGUGUUUUAUUUAAUGGAAGUAAAUAUAUUGUUCCAAAAACA